CGUUUUCUUAGUUUUGUGAUUUUUUUUUCCAAAAACCUAAAAUCAAAAUCAUAAAACCACUUGUUCUCUCUGCUCCUAUCAUCUCUGUCUCAUUUCACAAGAGUAUCUUCUUCCCAUCUCACCUCUCAGAAGAUUUUCUCCUUCUCCUCGUCCAUGUCCUCCCCGCCGGUGUGAUUGCUCUAAGCUUGACAAAGCAACUACUCUAAAUGAGCGAUCUAGUCGACUCAUCGCCCCUCCCAACUGGCCCCUUGACAACUCAGUUUUCUACAUCUGGGAACUAUCAUUACCAUAAAACCUGUUAUAAGGAGAACUAUCAUUGGAAAUGUGAUGUCUGCAAGCACUUCAUUCCAACAAACCAUGUUGGUCUUAUUGAAUAUAGGGCACAUCCAUUUUGGAUUCAGAAGUACUGCCUUUCCCAUGAACAUGAUGAUACUCCUCGGUGCUGCAGCUGUGAGAGAAUGGAGCCAUGAUACACGCGCUAUGUCACGCUUAAUGAUGGUCAAAAGCUCUGCCUAGAGUGUCUUGACUCUGUAAUCAUGGAGACCAAUGGAUGCCAACCCCUUUAUCUUGAUAUACAAGAAUUUUAUGGAAGGUUUAAAUAUGAAAGUAGAGCAGCAAGUGUCGUUAACUUGUUGUGAAGCCAGAGAGGGAGAAAGAAAUGUAAUGGCACAUUGUCAGAUUAUGACAUAUCUAAGAUUUAUACUUUUUAUGUUUUAGAUUAAGGUUUUAUACUUUUCAUGUUGUAGGUGGGCAUGUCAGACUGUGAAUAAGUUUUUUUAGUCUA